CACUGUCAGGGGAGCAAGAUGGUCGCUCACAAGUCUCGCGAGAACAUAACGUUGCGUCCUCUGGCCGUUUUCUCGCGUUAAGAGGCACGAAAUGCGGAGAACCUUUUGCCGGAGGGCGGCAGCUGACUGCGGAACGAAACCGUCGAAACAAUUCUCGCGAGAUGUAGCGUGGCCGUAGCUUGUGGAGAGGGGCGGAGGUCCAGAGAGGAACCACGUGGGGACUGCCGGAGCUGAGUCUCGGGCGGGCGUCCAGUUUGGGUCUAGGUUGGAGUUGGAGCCGUGGAGAUGCGGAAGGAAACCCCGCCCCCAUUAGUGCCCCCGGCGGCCCGCGAGUGGAACCUUCCCCCUAAUGCGCCCGCUUGUAUGGAACGACAGUUGGAGGCUGCGCGGUAUCGUUCUGAUGGGGCGCUCCUGCUCGGGGCCUCCAGCCUGAGUGGCCGCUGCUGGGCUGGCUCCCUCUGGCUGUUCAAGGACCCUUGUGCCGCCCCCAACGAAGGCUUCUGUUCCGCUGGAGUACAGACGGAGGCCGGAGUGGCUGACCUCACUUGGGUUGGGGACAGAGGCAUCCUAGUGGCUUCCGAUUCAGGUGCUGUUGAAUUGUGGGAGCUGGAUGAGAAUGAGACCCUCAUUGUCAGCAAGUUCUGCAAGUAUGAGCAUGAUGACAUCGUGUCUACAGUCAGUGUCCUGAGCUCUGGCGCCCAAGCCGUCAGCGGUAGCAAAGACUUCUGCAUCAAGGUUUGGGACCUUGCCCAGCAGAUGGUACUGAAUUCUUACAGGGCUCACUCUGGGCAGGUCACCUGUGUGGCAGCCUCUCCCCACAAGGAUUCCGUGUUCCUUUCGUGCAGCGAGGACAACAGAAUUUUACUCUGGGAUACCCGCUGUCCCAAGCCAGCAUCCCAGAUGGGCUGCACCGCCUCCGGCUACCUUCCUACCUCCCUGGCUUGGCACCGUCAGCAGAGUGAAGUGUUUGUCUUUGGCGAUGAGAGUGGGACCGUCUCCCUUGUGGACACCAAGAGUGCAAGGUGUGUCCUCAGCUCAGCUGUGCACUCCCAGUGUGUCACUGGACUGGUGUUCUCCCCACACAGCACUCCCUUCCUGGCCUCUGUCAGCGAGGACUGCUCAUUCGCCGUGCUGGACUCAGGCCUUUCCGAGGUGUUUAGAAGCCGAGCCCACAGAGACUUUGUGAGAGACGCUACUUGGUCCCCGCUCAAUCACUCCCUCCUUACCACAGUGGGCUGGGACCAUCAGGUCAUCCACCACACGGUGCCAACGGAGCCUCUCCCCGCCCUUGGACCUAAGGGUGUUGCCGAGUAGAUUGGAUUGAAGACAGAAGACAAAUCCCCCAUGAGUAACGCUCCCUUUGCUGCGGCCCUCUCAGUCUGUGAGACCACACAGGAGCCUUAUGCACUAUGUUGAUAUACUAGAUCUGGGCGAUUAAUAGGUACUGUCUCUCAGACCAGGGAAGGCUGGGCUCUGAGGUCCUGUAGUCCUAGGGAAGAAAAACUUUCCUAAAACUGGAUAUGUAUGUGUGUCUCAGUGCGUGUAAUAGAUGCAUAGUUUUCGGUGGCGGGGGGGGGGGCAUUAAAAAAUCCCAUUAUGUCUUUCCCAAGUCCUCCUCCCACCAAAAAAAAAAAAGGUUCACAAAAGGGUUUUAUGCUUCCUAUGUAGCUGUGCAUGAGGCAUUGGCCAUGGCUGGAAGAAAUGUGGGAUGUUGGCAUCCCUGGAUUCUCAGAAGCAGCUUUCAUACUACUCACAGAGAUAGAAGCAACUUUAUUUUUUAUAAAACUUAAUCCACCUUUCUCACGGGCAAUGCUUCCGUCCACAAAACUGCACGACUCACCUUGAGGAAGAGCCAGGACACCCAUCAAGAGUUUUGCACAUCUUGCUGUGAAACUGACUCGAAAAGACAUUUUCUGGCUGAAUAAGAUUUUGGCUGGUGCCUCUGUAAUGCUCCCCACCCCCCGUGGAGUUGUAUAUAUGAAAGAUGAGUGUUUUCCUUAGAUUCCAUGGGGAAAAAUUAGAGGAUGGUACAGAGCUUAAGGGCAUUUCAGCUAAGUUAAAAACUGACACAGAUGUGCAGAGAAAUGUGUGCCAUGUUUCCCGCCCCAAAACAGCUUGGGGCCUGACCUCUCCUGCCUCUGGGUCUCUCUCUCUCUGGAUAUAGGAAGUCUGAAUGCUGUUUUUGUGGACUCCGAAGAUUUUAAAUGCAGCAUCAGAAUCAGAAAUACUGGUCGGUGAAAUAAAAAGUUUAGGCUUUGCUGGCCUCUCUUUUGAA